CUACCACAUCCCGCAAAGAGAUCAAACUGCUUUUUACGCGUGAGAAUUUUCGUCUAGGAAAAGUUUAUUCUUUACUGUAGUUAACAAAAUUAUGGUUUCAAAGCGUCGUUGAAUAGAGAAGCAGGACGUAGAGAAAGGAGCUUGGCAGUAGUAGACUUCGUCUCCGGUAAAGUAAAUAACCUGGAUUAGCUAGCGGCCACUGGUGCUAGAAACUACGAGCUUCAUUUGCUGGAUGGGAAUUUCUGAUCGACCGUGGCCAUCGUGUUGUAUUAAGUUUCAACGUCGAAGGAACUGAGCGUUAACAUACUUUGCACUGAAAUAACGACGAAACGAAAUACGAACUAAUCAACCUAGGCGCGCAACCAUGGAUAACGAUGGCAUGUCAAACGAACAGACGGAAAAGGUGUUGCAGUUUCAGGACAUUACCGGUCUUGACGACAUAAACGUGUGCCGGGAUAUUCUCAUACGACACCAGUGGGACCUGGAGGUUGCAUUCCAAGAGCAUUUAAACAUCCGCGAGGGCCGCCCGUCGGCGUAUGCGACGGAGUCCCGAGCACCCCAGGUCGUCAAUGACCGCUUCCUGCAACAUGUAUUCUACGCGCAGCGCGGUCCCAGUGCCCCAGUACCAUCCGGUAUUGGUGGAGUGAUUGGAUUUGUGGUCAAUUAUGUAUUUAAUUUCUGCUACAGUACAUUGUCCUCCAUUGUAACCGCAUUUCUCAAUUUGUUUAAAGAUCGAGAAAGGAUCGUUACCGAUCCUUUAGGAGAUGUUUUGAAGUUUAUACAAGAUUAUAAUGAAAAAUACCCUGAACAUCCGGUAUUUUACCAAGGCACAUAUGCUCAAGCAUUGAAUGAUGCCAAGCGCGAGCUCAAGUUUCUUCUAGUCUAUCUGCAUUCCGAAUCCAGCAACGAAGCGGUCAGCUUUUGCCGCGAAACGCUGUCUAACACCCAAGUCGUCGAGUAUGUCAACAGGCGGAUGUUAUUCUGGGCAUGUGAUAUUUCUUCGCCAGAAGGAUAUCGUGUGUCACACUCUAUUAAUGCAAGAACCUAUCCAGUUCUGGUUAUUAUUGCCCUGAGGGCAAACAAAAUGGUUAUCAUGGGCCGAAUGGAAGGCCACUGCAGUGCAGAGGAACUGAUUAGGCGUAUGGACACCGUUGUCAACGACAAUGAAGUUUGGCUUAACCAAGCCCGUCACGAUCGACUGGAGAGAGAUCUCACCCAAACUCUCCGUCAGCAGCAAGAUGAAGCAUACCAGAUGUCGCUGCGUGCCGAUCAAGAGAAACAGCGUCGAAAGCAGGAGGAGCGCGAGGCAGCUUUGCGCGCACAGCAAGCGAUCGAAGCGGAACAUUUGGCUGAACAGCAAAGAUUGGAGAACAUCGAGAGGCUCAAGAUGGAGUUGUCUUCACAAGUGCCUUCUGAGCCGGAACCGGGAGCAUCCGGGACGAUCAGCAUAGUCUUCAAACUGCCAAGCGGUUUACGGUUAGAGCGGAGAUUCCAAUCGUCCAAUACUUUAAAGGACAUUCACAACUUCAUCUUCUGCCAUCCGGACACACCCGAUUCUUUCGAGAUCACUACAAAUUUUCCGAAACGAGUACUACACUGUGACGCCAAAGAAGAGGAUUCGCUACCUACGUUGAUCGACGCUGGUUUAAAAAAUCGAGAAGUGCUAUUCGUAGCCGAUUUAGACGCAUAGAAUGAAGUUAUGUGAAGUGACUAUCCGAAAAAAGAAACGAAAAUGAGACAGUUGUUGAAUCAACCGUUUGAAACCGCAAAUCGUUUGGAAGACAAACAUUCUUUUCAGAUAACAAUCGUACCUUCCCUUUAGUUUAUUUUUUUUUGCUAAUUUUUAAUUGAGUAAAAUUGAUUGGAUAAUCAUUGCAAAAGUAUACAAAAUACACACACACAACCCUAUUAAACAAAAAAUCUUUUUUAGAUUUGUUCGAAUUGUGUUGUCACAUUAUUUCACAGAUUCAAUAGGAAAUAAUAAUCGAUUGUAACUAUAAACAGAAAAUAUAUUUACGGAAGAAAUCGACAUGAAGAAAGAACACCGUUUUCUUGUUGCAAUCUUAUUGAACAACUUUCCGGCUCUGUAUGCGCGGUUCAGCCCGGUCCUAAUUUUAAAGCAAAAUAGAAUGCUGUGCCCGCAGAAAGGAAAACAUAUUUGCACGUUGAUAUUUUAGAUUUCUUUUUAAAUUAUUUAAGGUUGAAAUAA